CUCCUGCAGCAGAGGCUCCUGAUCCAGGUCUGAGAAGCUGCCUUCUCCAGUCCGGAUCUUGGCUGGGGCCCCCCCUCCUUCUCCUCCCCUCCUCCUCUCCCCCUCUCUCUCGCCUUUUAAUCAUGCCCCUCUGUCUGUGUGUGAGUGCAGGCAGGCUGACAAUGAUUUCCUCAGUGAUUACGUACAGAGCGAGUCCCUGCGGGUUAGGGGCCCCCUCUGGAGCCAUCCUGAUGGCUUUGGGGGCCUUGCUUCCAUUUUCCAUUAUUAUGUGGACUACCGGAGCGACAGCGCAGUCCAAGACCUUGCAGGAUGUCUCGCCGCAAGCAAGCGAAACCGAGAUCACUCAAAGUAGAAGAAAAUGAGGCAGAGGACCAUCAGGAGGGUGUAGGACAGACGGCCACACAGUCUGACCCCAACUGUAAAUUAGAAGACAAGAUAGAAGAUGGAGAUGCAUUAGAUUGUAAGAAAAGGCCAGAAGAUGGGGAGGAGUUAGAGGAAGAAGCUGUGCACAGCUGUGACAGCUGCCUCCAGGUGUUUGAGUCACUGAGCGAUAUCACAGAACACAAGAUUAAUCAAUGUCAACUGACAGAUGGAGUGGAUGUUGAAGAUGACCCUUCCUGUUCUUGGCCAGCAUCCUCACCUUCCAGCAAGGACCAGACUUCCCCCAGCCAUGGAGAAGGUUGCGAUUUUGGAGAAGAAGAGGGUGGCCCAGGACUACCUUACCCAUGCCAGUUUUGUGACAAGUCCUUCAGUCGCCUCAGCUACUUAAAACACCAUGAGCAGAGUCAUAGUGACAAGCUGCCCUUUAAGUGUACCUAUUGUAGUAGACUGUUUAAACAUAAGCGGAGCAGAGACCGCCAUAUAAAACUCCACACAGGAGAUAAGAAAUAUCAUUGUAGUGAGUGUGAUGCAGCAUUCUCUAGAAGUGAUCACCUGAAAAUUCACUUAAAGACUCACACGUCCAACAAGCCAUAUAAGUGUGCCAUUUGUCGACGUGGAUUCCUCUCCUCAAGUUCACUCCAUGGUCAUAUGCAGGUUCAUGAGAGGAACAAAGAUGGCUCCCAGCCAGGCUCCAGGAUGGAGGAUUGGAAAAUGAAGGACACCCAAAAAUGUAGCCAGUGUGAGGAAGGCUUUGACUUUCCUGAGGAUCUCCAGAAGCACAUUGCAGAGUGCCACCCUGAGUGUUCCCCAAAUGAAGAUAGAGCUGCCCUCCAAUGCGUUUACUGCCAUGAGCUUUUUGUAGAGGAGACUUCACUUCUGAACCACAUGGAACAGGUGCACAGUGGUGAGAAGAAGAAUUCAUGCAGUAUUUGCUCGGAGAGCUUUCACACAGUUGAGGAACUCUAUAGUCACAUGGAUAGUCACCAGCAGCCUGAGUCGUGUAACCACAGCAAUAGUCCUUCUUUGGUCACUGUGGGGUACACCUCAGUAUCUAGCACCACCCCAGAUUCUAACCUCUCAGUGGACAGUUCUACAAUGGUAGAAGCAGCCCCACCCCUCCCAAAGAGCCGUGGGAGGAAGCGAGCUGCCCAGCAAGCCUCAGACAUUACUGGUCCCUCCAGUAAACAAGCAAAAGUUACCUACAGCUGCAUCUACUGCAAUAAACAAUUAUUUUCAAGUCUUGCAGUACUGCAGAUUCACCUAAAAACUAUGCAUUUAGAUAAACCUGAGCAGGCCCACAUUUGUCAGUAUUGCUUAGAAGUGUUACCCUCCCUCUACAACCUGAAUGAACAUCUUAAACAAGUCCAUGAAGCUCAGGACCCAGCUCUGAUUGUUUCAGCCAUGCCCGCCAUGGUCUACCAGUGCAACUUCUGUUCUGAAGUGUUUAAUGACCUCAAUACUCUCCAGGAACAUAUUCGAUGUUCUCAUGGAUUUGCAAAUCCUGCUGCUAAGGAUAGUAAUGCAUUCUUUUGUCCUCAUUGCUAUAUGGGGUUUCUUACUGAUUCUUCCUUAGAAGAGCACAUAAGACAGGUCCAUUGUGACCUUAGCAGUUCUCGUUUUGGUUCCCCGGUGCUUGGAACACCAAAAGAUCCUGUUGUGGAAGUGUAUUCUUGUUCCUACUGUACAAAUUCUCCAAUAUUCAACAGUGUUCUCAAAUUGAACAAGCAUAUUAAAGAAAACCAUAAAAAUAUUCCUUUGGCCCUGAAUUAUAUUCACAAUGGAAAGAAAUCCAGAGCCCUGAGUCCCCUCUCUCCUGUUACACUAGAGCAGACAUCUUUAAAGAUGAUGCAGGCGGUAGGUGGGGCUCCUCAGCGUCCAACAGGGGAAUACAUUUGCAACCAGUGUGGAGCAAAAUACACUUCCCUGGAUAGUUUUCAGACUCAUUUAAAAACUCAUCUCGACACUGUGUUGCCCAAACUGACCUGUCCUCAGUGCAACAAGGAGUUUCCAAAUCAGGAAUCUCUGCUGAAGCAUGUCACCAUCCAUUUCAUGAUCACCUCAACGUAUUAUAUCUGUGAAAGCUGUGACAAACAGUUCACUUCUGUGGAUGACCUCCAGAAGCACCUACUAGAUAUGCACACUUUUGUCUUUUUUCGUUGCACCCUCUGUCAAGAGGUUUUUGACUCCAAAGUGUCCAUUCAGCUUCACUUGGCUGUGAAACACAGCAAUGAAAAAAAAGUCUACAGGUGUACAUCCUGCAACUGGGACUUCCGCAAUGAGACUGACCUCCAACUUCAUGUCAAACACAACCAUUUGGAAAAUCAAGGGAAGGUGCACAAGUGUAUUUUCUGUGGUGAGUCUUUUGGGACUGAGGUGGAACUCCAGUGCCACAUCACAACCCACAGCAAAAAGUACAAUUGCAAGUUUUGCAGCAAAGCGUUCCAUGCCAUCAUUUUGCUAGAGAAACACUUGAGGGAAAAGCAUUGUGUCUUUGAAACAAAAACUCCCAACUGUGGAACCAAUGGAGCUUCUGAACAAGUACAGAAAGAGGAGGUAGAACUCCAGACUUUGUUGACCAACAGUCAGGAGUCCCACAAUAGCCACGAUGGGAGUGAAGAAGAUGUGGAUACAUCUGAGCCCAUGUAUGGAUGUGAUAUUUGUGGUGCUGCUUACACCAUGGAGACUCUGCUGCAGAAUCACCAGCUUCGAGACCACAACAUUAGACCUGGAGAAAGUGCCAUAGUAAAGAAAAAAGCAGAGCUCAUUAAAGGGAAUUACAAGUGUAAUGUCUGCUCUCGAACAUUCUUCUCGGAGAAUGGCCUCCGUGAACAUAUGCAGACCCACUUGGGGCCAGUGAAACAUUACAUGUGCCCUAUCUGUGGAGAACGGUUUCCUUCCCUUCUGACUCUCACUGAACACAAAGUUACACAUAGUAAGAGUCUGGAUACUGGAAACUGCCGCAUUUGCAAGAUGCCCCUUCAAAGUGAGGAAGAAUUUUUAGAGCAUUGCCAAAUGCACCCUGAUCUAAGAAAUUCCUUGACGGGAUUUCGUUGUGUGGUUUGCAUGCAGACAGUGACCUCUACCUUGGAACUAAAAAUCCAUGGGACAUUCCACAUGCAAAAAACAGGGAAUGGGUCAGCAGUACAGACCACAGGGCGUGCUCAGCAUCUCCAAAAACUGUACAAGUGUGCUUCUUGCCUAAAGGAGUUCCGCUCAAAGCAAGAUCUAGUGAAGCUUGAUAUCAAUGGUCUGCCAUAUGGUCUAUGUGCUGGCUGUGUGAACCUCAGUAAGAGUGGUAGCCCAAACAUCAGCAUCCCUUCCAGCAGUAGUAGACCAGGUUUGGGCCAGAAUGAGAACUUGGGUUCCAUGGAGAGUAAAAACAAGGCAGGGGGACUGAAGACCCGUUGCUCUAGUUGCAAUGUUAAAUUUGAAUCUGAAAGUGAACUUCAGAAUCACAUCCAGUCCAUCCACAGAGAACUCGUUCCAGAUAGCAACAAUACACAGUUGAAAACACCCCAAGUAUCACCAAUGCCCAGAAUCAGUCCUUCUCAGUCGGAUGAGAAGAAGACCUAUCAGUGCAUCAAGUGUCAGAUGGUUUUCUACAAUGAAUGGGAUAUUCAGGUUCAUGUUGCAAAUCACAUGAUUGAUGAAGGACUGAACCACGAGUGCAAACUCUGCAAUCAGACCUUUGAUUCCCCUGCCAAACUUCAGUGCCACCUGAUAGAACAUAGCUUUGAAGGAAUGGGAGGCACCUUUAAGUGUCCAGUCUGCUUUACAGUGUUUGUCCAAGCAAACAAGUUGCAGCAGCAUAUUUUCUCAGCCCAUGGACAGGAAGACAAGAUCUAUGACUGCACACAAUGUCCACAGAAGUUUUUCUUCCAAACAGAGCUGCAGAACCAUACGAUGACCCAACACAGCAGUUAGUGCAAGGCCUGUCUCUUGAGGACAAUUUCUUUUGUGGCACAAAAAGGGAACAUGUUUUACUCUUUGCACGAAACCUUCAUUGUUAAUGUAUAUUAUUCAGAAACCUUGUAUUGUAUCAUAAGACUUGUAUUAUCAAAACUGUUGGAUGUUCAUGUGUUUGAACUUUUGAGUACCGGAUAGACUUGUAUAUAAAGUGUUGCACAUGUAUUAUGUUGUCUGAUACUAAAAUGGUCUUAUAAAGACAAGUGGACUUGGGCCCUAUUCAAGCAAGAUUAAAAAAAAAUGCAAGCAAAAAGGCUUAAGUGGAAGUAUUGCUUUCAAGGAAGAAGAAUCCAAAAUAACUGAGUUUCUACAUCACAGCUAUGUUGGGGCUUCUUUUUCUGUAUACUUAGGUCUGGAAUCUCUCUUUUUGGUAUUUCAACCAUUGAACCCAAGACUAUUUUUUAUUGCUGAAAAUUCUUGCAAACCGUGAAGAGAUUUUCUCACAGAGCAGAAACCCACAACUGAAUAAGGCCCAUAUAUAUAUAUUUGUAAGCCUUGCGAUAUGACAGAUAGCAUUAUCAUAUAUGCAAUAGUUGUUAUGUAGAUUGUCAAAGAAACUUUUUUUUCCUGGAUACCAUUUGAAGCUUUUGAGUGUUCAAAAUUUUCCUUAAUGAUUUCACACAGCCAAAUUCUUGAAUCAGUUGAACUAACCUGUAUGUUAUUGUUAUUAAUGUUUACUCUGCGGUCUGAACCUGGAGAUUACUGGAAUUGUUUUCCAAGAGGAAAUAAAUUCAGUUUACCAUUA